AUGGACACGGUUGUAAUUGUGAAUGAUCACAUUCGUGGAGUAUCUGUAAAGUGUCAAUUUUUUCUUGGUGUUGUUACAGCUGAUGUCCCUGAUGACAAGCACAGUCCCUGUUUUAACAUCAACUUAUUUGUGCCUACAUUUGAAGAUUGUUUGGAGUUCAAGUAUUAUGGAGACGUGAAUGUUCAUCGCGACAAUAUAUUACGAAUAGUUGAUGCAAAUGAUUUUGAUCAACAACCAGGCUCAGUAAAACUGUCUGAGAAUUAUUACGAGGAGCUGCUAAAUAACCUUCGUAAUGUCGAAGAUCUUUUACCUGAAGUUCAGGAAAGCCAAAGUGAUACAGUCUAUAAAGAGUUUCCUGAGUCAGAAAAUGAAGAUAUAGGUGUAUAUGUGGAGUCCACACCAAUAAGGACAUCAUCUGGCAGGACAGUGGUACCGCCUAAUCGGUUGGAUUUGUAA